AUGCCUACUAUCAGUCUGUCCGAUCUCAAAAGGAAGGAUCUUUUCCAGCAAAAGGGAUAUAUUGCCGACUCAUGGGUCGACUCUGUCAGCGGCGAGGUAUUCGAGGUUCGCAACCCAGCCACCCUCGAUAUCAUCGCCACCCUUCCAGAAAUGGGAGCAGCUGAUACCGAGCAUGCAGUGGCUGCAGCGUUCGAGGCUUUCAAAACAUACAAGAAGACCUCAGCAAGGCAGCGUGCCCGCUGGUUACGUCGCUGGAAUGAUCUUUGCCAUGAGCACCUUGACGACCUGGCUUUGAUUAUCACGCUAGAAAAUGGCAAACCACUGUCCGAGGCUAAAGCAGAGGCUGUGUAUGCUGCCUCAUUUCUUGAGUGGUUUGCUGGAGAAGCAGAGCGUGUGCAUGGAGAAGUUGUUCCACCAGCAAACCUCAACCAUCGUAUCCUAACCAUCAAGGAGCCCCUAGGGGUAGCAGCCUGCCUCGCGCCAUGGAACUUCCCUAUUGCUAUGAUUACUCGCAAGGUUGGCGCCGCACUAGCAGCGGGUUGCACUACAGUCUGGAAACCAGCCGGAGAGACCCCUCUCAGCACCUUGGCUCUGGCAACGCUCGCCCACGAGGCUGGUUUUCCCAAGGGGUCCAUUAAUGUCAUUACCACCCUAAAUCGCAUAGCCGAGGUUGGCGAGGCCCUUUGCUUGUCAAAAGCGGUUCGCAAACUCAGCUUCACAGGCUCGACGCGGAUUGGUAAGCUCCUCGUCAAACAAUGUGCCAGCAAUCUGAAAAAGCUUUCUCUUGAGUUGGGAGGAAACAGUCCUUUCAUCGUGUUCGACGAUGCCAACCUAGAAACAGCCACAAAUGCCUGCCUGCUUGCCAAGUUUCGCAACUCCGGCCAAACCUGCGUGAGUGCAAAUCGCAUAUUCGUUCAGCGUGGCAUUUACGAUCGUUUUGCCGAUGCGUUGGUUGAAAAGAUUAAAGCCAUGAAGGUUGGAAAUGGGACUGAUGGAAGCGUCUCAAUUGGUCCUUUAACUCACGAGCGUGCUGUUGAGAAAGCUUUGAGCCAUAUAGACGAUGCGAAAAGUCAAGGGGCGUCUGUGUUACUAGGCGGAGCAGCUUGCUCACCAGACGAUCUUCCUGGAUAUUUUAUUCAACCAACUGUUCUAAGCGGUAUGCCCAUGGAGUCUAUCAUUACAGUUGAGGAAAGCUUCGCCCCUAUUGUCGCUCUAUAUCGCUUUGAAACCGAAGAAGAAGUACUCGAGAAAGCCAAUGACUGCGAUGUCGGGUUAGGUAGUUUCAUCAUGACAGAGUCACUAAGUCGCAGCUUCAGGGUGGCAGAAAGCCUUGAGGUUGGCAUGGUUGGCGUGAAUGUAGGGAUUCUGAGUGCCUGCGAGAGUCCAUUUGGAGGCGUGAAGGAGUCUGGCUAUGGACGUGAAGGGGGACGACAUGGUAUCGAUGAGUACCUUACAGUUAAAAGUAUUUUGAUUAAUGUGGUAUCUUAA